AUGCAGCCUGAAACGGCUGAGUUGUUCGACUUCCUCAACAACACCGCCACGGCCUUCAACGCGACAGUCGCCGUGAACCUGCUCUACACCCUGCGGCUCGUUGUGCCCAAAUGCCAGGACUACCUCUGGACGAUCGUCGGCGGCCCGCUGUCCAGGGGCCCGGUGCAGCUCGCCCCGUGCGCCGCGCCUGAUGGCGACGGCGGCAACAGCGCGGCCCCGGGCCCGCCCGGACCCUGGGUCGUGUCUGCUACGGGGAUGCAGCACACGGACGUGACCGAUGAGUUUGGCCCAGCCCCUUGCCAGGUCAACGGCAAUUUCGAGGACUACAUAUGUGGGCUGUCAGCACCAGACCCUUGCUGCGGCAACUGCAGCGCCAGCGCGGAGUGCACGCCCAAGCCAGUGUGCGUACCCCGUGUGGUCGACUUUAGGACCGCCAACUGCCUCAACAAGACAUCCACCGGGCGAGAGGCUUGCAUCGCCAGCAACCAGUUGGAUGGCUGCCAAUGGGUAGCAACGACGCUGGACAAGGUGGCAGAGAUUGGCUACCGUUGGCAGAGCGGGCUCUGGGGGGAAAGCUAUGCUGUGCAGUUGACCAACGCCAUGUUGUACAGCUUUGCUUUGCCCGGCGGCAACAGCAGCGAAGGUCCAGGAAUGUGCGUGUACCAACCAGACCUGAUGUGCCUGAGCACCACCAGGCCUGGAGAUUGCAUCACCUUCAGCGAGCGCUGCGCCCCGCUCGAGUCGACGUGCUUCACCGAUGCAUGCAAGGGCUCGGAGGACCCCUGCUGCGGGCGCAGCUGGGACAUGUGCAACAAUGCAGCGCUGCUUCGGGACGCGGCCGGCAGCUGCCAGUGGCGCCCUGCGUCGCAGCCCUCCUUUGCGGGCCCCGGCGAGGCCAAGCUGUGCCCGGCUGCUGUGGCAAGCAACCCCGCCGCCCCCGCGCCCCAGAGCUGCCGCGCCUGCCUGGAGCGGCUGGCGCGCAUAGGUGACGACCUCCGCACAGCUCUGCGGUGCUCGGGGAGCAGCAGCGGCCCAAACAACUAUACUGGCGGCAUCAACGUCACAGCGGAUGGCAAUGCGACAAUGGGCGGCGGCACUGCCAUGUGGCCCAACUUCACGUUGGGUGGCGGUUACCUUGGCAGCCCCUACCCUCAGCCGGCGAUGAUGGGCGAUAAUUACAGCCCGCUGGAUGCCGCGCUGCUCAGUACGCAGGCCGAGCUUCAGUCCCUGCUGUCCGAGAAGCUUAACUGCGCGUGGAUUGUCCAGCCGUUGGUCACCAUGCUGAAUCCUCAGACUGCAGCCAACCUCACCGAUGUGUGUGUCAAAGCAGAUCUGUGUGACCCGGGGUCUGGGCCCGACAAUGUCGGUGGCAAUGGUUCGAUGGGGCCGCCGCCAGGCCCCUGCCGCAGCUGCGAAGCGCGAGUCGGCGCGUUUGUCUCCAUGGUCGCCGCCGGCAAGGCUGCCUUUGGCAACUUGACGGCUCUGCAGGCGUUUUGCGACGCCAUGUCAGCGCUGGACAUGCAGUUGUCCCCUGACCAGGCAUCCGACCCUGUUUGCAUGUCUUCAGCUGCCUACAGCCCCGGCCCCAACUACAGCCCCGGCCCCUACUACAGCCCUAGCCCUGCCUACAGCCCAGGCCCCGCCUACAGCCCUGGCGCUGCCUAUAACUUUGGCCCUGCCUACAGCCCUGGCCCCGCCUACAACCUCGGCCCCGCCAACGGCUCCGGCCCCGCCGACAACUCAAGCUCCUCGUAUGCCGAUGGCUCCUCCUAUCCUGCUGGCUCACCCGGUUUCAACAACUCCGACAACUCUUCAUACGUCAACACCCCCGCUGACGCCAACAACACCUUCUAUUAUAACAGCUCCCCUUACAUCAAUAUGCCCGCCUACUCCCCCGGUCCCUACGUUGUCAAUGGCCCCUUUGACGGCAACCCAUGCCCCACCGGCACCGGCUGCAUCACCAGCCGCGCAUGCCUGCCCGCCGACAGCGACGACGCGGGCGCGCAGGUUCUCUGCACCUUCUUCUCCGCUGACGGCCCGGCCGCCUGCCGCGCGCGCCGCGAGUGCGCGUGGCUGCCGGCCGGGCUGGCUGUGACAGACGAGCCGCCCGAGACACAGCACUGCCUCGAGGCUGCCGUGGCUGUCGUGUUGGCGGGCCGCGCCGUGCUACAGUCCCCGGCGCAGCUUUGCAACGUGACGGAGGCGUGCAGUGCACAGUGCGCGGCCCUCUCUAUGAGCGCCGCCAACGCCACCCAGAAUGGUAAGGUGGUGACGAGCACACGCUGGUGUAUUUGGUGA